AUGUCGUGCAAUGUUGCCCAUCCCUUAGCUUCUAAGGAUUCGCCGGAUCUGCCAAAUACUCGACUCUUGACGGCGGAUGAUACCCCAAGUCUCUGUGUCCGUGAUAUUGACGAAAUCAAAGAAGACUCCACGAGGCGUGAAGUCGCCGCGGAUGAGGUACACAUGACCGUUCUCUCCACUGCAAAUUUGGUAAGCUGGUCACACAACAGAGCAGAGUUCAUGAGCAAGAAUCAAUGGCAUAACUCCAUCUACCAGGGGUGCCAUUUGCGAAGACGCCGAUGCAUGGGUAUACUGGAACCGUGA